UACACAUCUAUCUGCCUCUCACAGACAAAACAUACACAGAAAAACAAUGGCGAAUCACGCUAAAACCACAUCACGCAAUGAACAGUUUGCCCUUUUCCUCACAACUCUCUUUUUCCUGAUCCUAACCGUAUCCAAAUCAGUCAGCUCUCAGAACUGCGGCUGCGCCUCUGGCUUAUGCUGCAGCCAACAUGGUUACUGUGGUACGACCGAUGAUUACUGUGGCGUGGGAUGCAAAGAAGGACCUUGCAGGAGCAACGGUGGCGGAAAUAAUGAUCCUACUGUUUCACUUGAAGGAACCGUGACACCAGAGUUCUUUAACUCUAUAAUUGACCAAGCAACUGGUAGUGAUUGCAAAGGUAAAGGAUUCUACACUCACGACGCCUUCCUCGCUGCAGCUAACUCCUACCCUAGCUUUGGUUCUUCCAUCUCCAAACGCGAAAUCGCUGCCUUCUUCGCUCACGUCACCCACGAAACUCAAUUCAUGUGCUACAUUGAGGAAGUCGAUGGACCAGCCAAGGCCGCAAGGGGAGAAUAUUGUGACACAAGCAAAACAGACUUCCCAUGUGCACCAGGAAAGGGCUACUAUGGUCGUGGUGCGAUCCAGCUCUCUUGGAACUAUAACUAUGGUCCCUGUGGCAGAGACCUGAAGGAGGACUUGUUGGCUUCACCAGAGAAAGUUGCUCAAGACCAGGUUCUUGCCUUCAAGACCGCUUUCUGGUUCUGGACAACUAAAGCUCGCGGGGUAUUUAACCAGGGCUUUGGCGCGACGAUCAAAGCUGUAAAUGGUAUUGAGUGUAACGGAGGAGAUUCUGCAAGCGUCAACAAGAGGAUGGGAUACUUCCGAGACUACUGUGUCAAGCUUGGAGUUGAACCUGGAGAUAACCUCUCUUGUUAAGGUUUUCUCACUAUCCAUCCGAAACAACCAAUGUUCGCAAUAUAAUUAAAAUAAGAGAUCAUCAUAUAUAAUAAGAGAAUGUAUCAUAUUAGUAUACCAAUGUUGUAAUAAUGUAACCGAAAUGAUUUCCACUUAUGCACAUCAUUUUAUAAGCCAAAGCCAUUGUGAACUUAUAAUAUUAUA